UAUGCAGUAGUGAGUAAAUAGUAGAUACCUACACGUAUGUCUAUCUCGAUGUAGUAUGUUGUACCUACCUGCUCUACUUUACUGAAAGUAGCAUUGCAUCCAUCACAGAUUAUUGGUUGCGCUUUGCGCAGAAUCCAUCGGGCAUCGCUCGAUAUAGAUUUUUUCUCAGUUGAGGUAUCCAUAUUCAAGAUUGAAGCUGUCUACCGUGUUACUCCUAAAAAGUGUCUUUGUUCUGUAAAAAUGAGUAGUUCAUUUGUGAAAGGACUUCAUUGUGUAUGUGGGUAAGAAUCUCGCGAAAUGAUAUAAAUUGGCAGGUUUCAAUAAACUCAUUUGCAGCACAUAAUUACUAAAUCGUCAGUAGAUUUAAAGACAGGAUGGCGCACAAAGUGGUGGCGGAGAUUACUUCGUUGUACGAUACCUCACCAGAUUCCCUACUUGAGAUAUGUUUGGAAUAUUUAGUUGAACAUCUUAAUAUAGUAACAGAUUUGGAUCAUACAACUCGCUGGCGAAAACUCAAGGAAGACAUAAUACUUCCUGCUGAAAUAUGUGAAAAAUUUCUAGAAAUAUACCAACGAAUCAAUCGCAUUAACGACAAUAUUGCUAACUUGUUUCGCGAUCGAUUUCGUACACGCCUCGACGCCAUAAAACUACGUAAUUCCCGCAUCACUGAUGAGGGAUUUCGAUUCCUUAUGGAGCACAAACCGCAGGAAGUUGAACUCAUACAAUGCGAAUAUCUCUCUCCAAUGUCACUGGAAACAAUAAACAGAAACAGCAGGAACUUAGUCUCUCUCAAAUUUGGUCCUGCCACACAUGUCCUAGCUCAAGAUGAAAGUGCGUAUAAACAACGCGGCUUCAUAAUUUUUGCACCUAGACUUCGGAGACUUACUAUACACAAGCGUGGACUUGCUAUUUUCCACUUACUGCUCCUUAAACCUCUCUCCAAUCUGACACACUUGGAUCUCUCUGAGUGUGCAUCAGCUGGUUCAAUAUGGGCAUUAACUCGAUUACGAAAUCUGAGAUCUUUAGUACUGCACAGUGUGCACUGGACCAAAGAUAUCACUGAUUGGAUUAUUGGUCUUCGAGCUUUACAACAUCUGGACAUAUCACAGUCAAAUGAAAGACAUGGAAAAUAUCUUAAUCCAAAUGAAGUGCUGACAAAGUUAGUGACAAGUUUACCUGCUCUGGUUUCACUUGACAUAUCAGGCACAAAUUUAGCUGGAACAGGGGCUGCAACAUUGUCAACUGUCAAUGACAGCACCUCUGAUAAAAUGGAAACUGAAGUACGCUGUGAUAUACCAGGCCUAGUGUCCCGUGUGAACAACCCUCUGAAUUUUCUCGGAUUGUAUGGAACACAUCAUGGUGCGUGCAAGAGACAUGAUAUACCCGCUAAAGUGAUUUCUGGUGAUGCCAAUGAGAAGCAGAUUUUAAUUGCAGCUGCAGCAUAUAUGGAAAGGCCAGUAAUGCUGACCCGUGUUUUAAAUGAUCUAUAUUACCUGUUUAGAUAUGAAAAUAACACAAAUGUGUUACGGGCCUUGAAUGUUGUGCUUGAUGCCAUGGAUAGACAUGUGUCUGAAAAACACAUCCAAAUAUCUGGAAGUGCCACCUUGUUUUAUAUUGUGAAAGGCAAAGAAAAAGAACGUAUUGGAAUUAAGAUGAAGAAGCGUAUAAUUACAGCACUGCUGGAUGGCAUGGAUGCACAUCUUGGUGAUGACACCAUGAUGAGGAAUGGAUGUCUUACUCUCUGUGAAUUCAAGAUUCCUAAUGAUGUGCUUUUUGAAUAUGAACGAGCUGUGCAGAUACUCCUAAGCGGUGUUACUGAUGUAAAUCAAGAAGGCUCUGUUCAACGGAUUGCUAUAUAUUUACUCAACUCACUCGCAUGCCAAGUUGAUGGAAAGCAAAAAAGAUUCCUUGGGAACCAAGGCGCAAUUGGGAAAAUGUUGAACUUGAUAUCGGAUCGCCUGAAUCGGCGCAUAUGCGACGAUGUUUUGGAGGUGGCCUGGUCCACUAUGUGGAACGUUACUGACGAAACGCCACAGAAUUGUCAAAGAUUCCUCGAGAACCGCGGCAUGGAAUUUUUCCUGGCAUGUCUUAAAAAUUUCCCAGACAAAGAAGAAUUGCUUCGUAAUAUGAUGGGCUUACUGGGAAAUGUCGCGGAGGUCGGUGAACUGCGUCCUCAGCUUAUGAACAAACUGUUCCUUACGGUCUUCUAUGACCUCCUGGAUUCUUCCAGUGAUGGAAUUGAGGUUAGCUACAAUGCGGCUGGGGUGCUGGCCCACAUGGCGUCUGACGGGCCGGGCGCUUGGACCGUCGACGAGCCGAGUCGCGUCUGCGUGCUGCACCGCGUAGCCACCGCCGUCGAGCGCUGGGACCUGCACGCCGAACGCAACAUCAACUAUCGCUCCUUCGAACCGAUACUGAGUCUGCUCCACGCUCACCACACACCGCAGUGCCAGCACUGGGCCGUGUGGGCGCUCGCCAACCUCACCACAGUCUACCCCGAGAAGUACUGCAAUUUGGUGGAGGCUGAAGGCGGAUUGCGCCUGCUGAACAUUCUCUUGAACCAUCCGGCUCCGUACGAUCAGAUCAAGAACCUGGCUUGCAUUGUAAUCAACAACUGCACUAAAUACGCCGUACGCGACGCCUCCACUCCCCCGAUACCGACCACUCCGGAUAAUUAACUAAUGGAGUACUUUGAGGAGAUUGACCCCUUCCUCGAAGAAUAGCAGUACCUCUGCAGGGUUGCCCUGAUAGUUGGUUUGGGUCUUACAGUAGCAUUUUGCUGGAAAUUCAUAGCGAUUCUCCUGUAUGUAGCGGACAAUUAAUUUAGUCGCUUAGAGACGACAUAUUUUAUGAAAUUAUAGUAUUUAACAAGUUUAAUCCCCGUAGUAAAAUGUAUACGCAGCACGUUUAAAUUAAUUAUUGGUGUCGUAGUAAUGUUUAAUGUGUGUGAGUUUAGAUUUCACUAUAUCUCUGAAGUCUCAAAGGAGUUCCGAGUGAUUUGACGGCUCGCGCCCCACCUAUGGUGCGUUUAUGGUACUAUGACAAGAAGCUACUGUGUAUCAUCAAUUGUAUCUCUAAUAACUGCAACCGACUCAGACAUUGCCUGAGUUUAUCGUUCUCAUAAAAAUACUAACAUUCAUCAGUGAACAGAUAAUUGAGUGAACUCAUUUUCUCCAUUCAAGCAUACACAUAAAAUAUCCUAGUAUAUUCAAUGUAGUAUGGUUAUGAUAUGGUAUGAACUUAUAGUUGAAACUAUAACAUUAUAUACGUUUUUUCUCUAUCGGUGUUUUAGAAUAUAACGUUUUUGAAUCAUAAAUGUCUAGGUGUGCAUUAGAUUAAGUAUCUACUAUGAUUGUAGUUUAUUUUUGAAUCACUAAAUUACUAUUUAUUUUUUCAGGGGUGUCUAAAAACUAUGAAUAUUUAUUUAGAGAUUUUUUUUUGUUAACAUGCCUUCAUCAUUCAUUUACACUGAACAUUGUUUAUUUAUUCUAUUGUUUUACCUGAGUUUAUCGUUCUCAUAAAAAUACUAACAUUCAUCAAUGAACAGAUAAUCGAGUGAACUCGUUUUCUCCAUUCAAGCAUACACAUAAUAUUUCCUAGUAUAUUCAAUGUAGUAUGGUUAUGAUAUGGUAUGAACUUAUAGUUAAAACUAUAACAUUAUAUACAUUUUUUCUCUAUCGGUGUUUUAGAAUAUAGCGUUUUUGAAUCAUAAAUGUCUAGGUGUGCAUUAGAUUAAGUAUCUACUAUGAUUGUAGUUUAUUUUUCAAAUUACUAAAUUACUAUUUAUUUUUUCAGGGGUGUCUAAAAAUUAUGAAUAUUUAUUUAGAGAUAUUUUUUUUUUGUUAACAUGCCUUCAUCAUUCAUUUACACUGAACAUUGUUUAUUUAUUCUAUUGUUUUACCUGAGUUUAUCGUUCUCAUAAAAAUACUAACAUUCAUCAAUCAACAGAUAAUCGAGUGAACUCGUUUUCUCCAUUCAAGCAUACACAUAAUAUUUCCUAGUAUAUUCAAUGUAGUAUGGUUAUGAUAUGGUAUGAACUUAUAGUUAAAACUAUAACAUUAUAUACAUUUUUUCUCUAUCGGUGUUUUAGAAUAUAGCGUUUUUGAAUCAUAAAUGUCUAGGUGUGCAUUAGAUUAAGUAUCUACUAUGAUUGUAGUUUAUUUUUCAAAUUACUAAAUUACUAUUUAUUUUUUCAGGGGUGUCUAAAAAUUAUGAAUAUUUAUUUAGAGAUAUUUUUUUUUUGUUAACAUGCCUUCAUCAUUCAUUUACACUGAACAUUGUUUAUUUAUUCUAUUGUUUUUAUUGUUUAGGUGGGUAUUUAUAACUUUGCUAUGUACCUUAGAUACGAAACUUCAACAUUAUAUAGGGACUUAGUCCAUUUACGUAAUAAUAGAAUUUACGAUACGUAGCGUAGAUUCUUCAUUAAAAUAUUAUUCAUUCGUAAAGAUAAAAUUUUGUCUCGUUUAUCGAUUACUAGUAUUAGGAAAAGCUAUAACAGCAAAAUUUUCUUUAGUAGUUUUUAAAUCGUAAGUCGAAAUUUAUUCGAGAACUAUUUUGUGUUUUCUUGAUAAUCGCAUUAUAAAAUUAUACGUCGUAACAACGAUGGAAGCGUUACUCUGGUAGUUGCUUUUCAUGCUAAAUAUGUAGUGAUUAAAAAUAUAGUGAUUGUAAUAAUCAUCUAGUUAUGUAUUAUCUGGGUGUUUAAAUAAAUAGAUGUUGUAAAUUUGUUUUUGUUUAUUCUGUGGUUUUCUUUUUUCAUUUCAAUUAGUUUUCAUUUAUAAUAAUUAUAUUAUAGUAUUACUAAACUUUGUAGCGUCUGUGAAAACUAGAAGUGGCAACAAGUGAAUUUGUCUCUUCAGGCACUAGACGGUACUUGCAUUAUAGUAAUAUAUAUGUCGUUCUGUUAUUAGAUUUGUCUUAUCUUUAUAUAAUAUUAUGUAUUUAUUCGUACUUCUUUAAAAGAUGUGUCAUUGUAGAAAUUAUUAUGUUAUCAAUAAAAGUGAUUAUUGAUGUGA